AUGGUGGUCCCGGACAGGAUGCUGCUGCUGCUCUGGGGCUCACUGCUAUGCUGGCAGCUGCCCCACACCCAAGGAGAGGCCCACAGCCUGUUCUUACGGAUCAGCAAAGACCAGGUGGAGACAGAAAUCUCCGAUCUGCUCUCGGAGAAUCAGAUCCUGCACCGCCUGGCCAAGAUGCCCGUGACGGGGCCCCCGGGGAAAGGGGCCGCCGCCCUGGAUCACCUCCCCUUCGUCAAAGAGCGCCUAUCCCACAGGCACGGUGGCCUGGACCUGUCGCUCGUCGGGGACCUCCUCUCCGGGAGGAGUGGCCCUCUGCCAAGCCAGCUGCUCCAGGCAGGCAGGUUGGUCGUAGAAGAUGCCAGGGGACCCGAGGUCACCCUGCACAUCCUGAGUGACAGCCUGAUGCAGGUGACGCUGCGUUGCAAACUGUACCUCUCGCUCCAGGGGGUCCUGUGGCUCAAGGUCAUUAAGAACAUUCGCAUCGGAGUACGGCUGGAACAGAGCGAGAACAGGACCGAGGUGGCCUUGGAGGAGUGCCACACGCCCCCUGGGUACCUGAGCAUCGAGGUCCUGGAGCAGACGGACUCCCUCGUGGUGAACAAGCUUCUGGAGCUGGUGUCGGGAGUCCUGGACGAGACACUGCCCUUCCUCCUACAGAAGAUGGUGUGUCCCGAGGCCACGAGCCUGCUCAACUUGCUGCUGGCAGACCUCCUACACAGCACUCUGCCCCCGACCGGCUGGGGCCGGGACGACUUCCAGUAUUACAUCACAUCCACGGAGUUCACGGAGGAGGCCAUCCUGAUGCGCGCCCUGCUCGUGACCCGCUGCAGCCCCGGGCCAGAGAGAGCCCCAAGGCCUGACCGCCCCGUCCCCCAGCCCAUGCCGAGGUUAAGCCAGGGCAGCGUGGCAGACCUGGUCUUCUGGGUGGACGUCUACAAUGACAUCCUGUCCUGCCUCUACUCCAGCGAGGACACCCACGCGGACCCCCAGGACUCCACAGCGGCCGGCCUCCUGCAGCUGCUGUCACCGAGCGAGCUGGAGCCUGGGUCCGAGGACCUUGUGCAGGCCUCUCAUCAGUGGAGAGGGGGCGUGGGGCUGACCAUCAGCGCCCCUCAUCCUCCCAGCGUCCACUUUGAUGGCCACAAGUUCACGGUCAUGCAGCCGGGCUCGCUGGUGCUGCCAGGGCCUAGCAACACCUCUUCGGUCUCGGUUUUCUGGCAACUCCUUUCCGAGCCUGUGUUUGCCUCCCAGAAUCAGGAACUAAAGCUCCAGUUCGCUCCAAACAGCAUCGCAGUCAUCCUGGGCACUUUCCCCACGGGCCUCGGGGGGCAGGAGACACAGCUACGGGCUCCGCUUGCAGAGCUCCUGAGCAGGACGUUUCUGCCCCGCCACAACCAGCGGCUCAGAGACCAAGGCCUCCCGCUGCCCAACAUCAAGGGCGUCUCCUUCGAGCAGGCCCAGGCGGUGCUCUCCCAGGGUUUCCUGCUGCUGACCGUUCCGGAGUAG